UCCAGCAUAUUCUACCUUCUUGUCGCUCCAGCAGCCCUCGUUGUCUGCCUGAACUCUCACCCUGGUGGUCGGGAAAUGUCAAAGAGAGGCCCGUGCCGCAGCAAGGGGGCGUUACGGGGGGAAAACAAUUGGCUUUAUUGUUGUAUUUUCACGCAAUUCGCCUUUUCUUAGUCCUACCACUAGAAUAAGCAUCAAAAACGACCAGCACGCCGACCGCCAAGUCCGAUGGUGUAGCAUCCGCCGUGGACUGCUGUUCGCAUCCUUCAUCUGUCUCGUCUCGUAUUGCAAUCAUUGCCAAACAUGAGAAAUGAAACAUUUGUGCUCUGGGACUGGAUGCUCUUACCAGCACACCCCACUUCCGCCAUGACACCCAGCAGAGGAUUCUGGGAUUGACGCAAGCAUCACUCCCACUGAUGGCCUGGACCAGGUUUCAGCUGGCCUGCUGAAGCUAUGGGGAGCUGCUGGAGCUGUCUAUACAGAGACACUAUCCGAGACAACCAUCUCAACAAAUUCAAGGUGACUAAUGUGGACGAUGAGGGAAAUGAGUUGGGCUCAGGAACCAUGGAGCUCACACAGACAGAGCUCAUUCUGCACACACGCAAACGUGAUGCCAUCCGGUGGCCAUACCUUUGUCUGCGCCGAUACGGUUACGAUUCCAACCUCUUCUCUUUCGAGAGUGGCCGUCGUUGUCAGACAGGCCAAGGGAUCUUUGCAUUCAAGUGCUCUCGUGCAGAAGAGAUCUUCAACCUGCUGCAGGAGUUGAUGCAAUGUAACAGCAUCAAUGUAGUGGAGGAGCCCAUGAUCAUGACCCGUCCCGGGCACGCGCCAGAGAUGGAAAUGCCUCGAACUCCACAGACACCCAAUACCCCUGGAUUCCCAAUGCAGGGUUUUCCUAAUGGAUACCCAGGAUACCCAAUCAGUGCAGACUCAUCGCAGCCCUCUCUCACCAACGACCACAGACACAGCCUCAUGGGACUGGAUGACCAAACCCAUACAUAUGUGAAUACAGUGGGCAUGGAAACUGACCUCUCAAGCCGCCACUGUGUCCACUCCCUGCCGGAAGUGCGGCCCACCACCUAUCCGGAAACCUCAACUACCACCACCAUACGUGGGGGCCCAGUCCCAGGCCAGCCUGGCAUGCACUGCUGCCCCCUGGACGACCCUCACAAAGACCCUCAGGUCUUCCUCCAGUCUGGAGCCCAGGAGGUGAAGUUCAUGUUGGGUCCGACUCCAGCACAGCGCCACCUGAUGGAAAGAGAGAGAGACCGUCACGUCACUCACCCGCUUCGAGCACCAGACGGCAGCUCCGAAACAGAAGGAGAAGAGACCCCGUCUGUACACAUGUGCAACACACACUCUUACCACCAUUGCCAUCAUCUAAUGCACCGACACCCUAGCAUGGAGCAUUGCCCAGAAAGCCAGCUAACGUACGAGAAUAUCAACGGACUCCGAGGGGCACGUAGGCAAAGGCUGAGUCCGAGCACUGUGUCUCAAUCUCAGUCUUUGGGCUCCAGUAGCAGUAGCAGCACCACCGGUGAUUCCCGCCCACACACGCAUCCACUUUCCCUCCCGCUCACACACACGCACGCUUCCUCGCUGCCUCCGCAGGGAUACGGCUGUGAUCGGGGUAUGGGGGUCGGUGGUCAUCGGCGCACCGCGUUGCUCAACUAUGAGAACCUUCCGUCGCUCCCCCCUGUUUGGGAAUACCGUGCGCUUCAGCGUGAGGAAGAAGAGGAUCAGGAUGAAGACGAGGAUGAGGACGAGUAUGAGGAGGAAGAGGAAGAAGAAUAUGAUGAGUAUGAGUAUUCUGAAGGGCCUGCAACCCCAAACGGAUACCAUCAGGAGAGUGGCGGCAGCGGUGGGAUUCAUCGCGAUGCCCUGCAGAACUACGUCAAUACUGAACAGCUACAGCCUCCAACACAUCUCCGUCACGCUUGCCCUCCCCACCCUCCCCACCCACACCCGCCUGAGAGGGCCAACCGGGUUUUCAACUUCGACUUCAGACGUCAGCGAGCGGGACGUGGCAGCACCACCUGCGAGCAGCACAGCCGUCACCCGCCUCCUCCUCCCUCUCGCCAGCUCAACUACAUCCAGGUGGACCUGGAGGGUGAGCCCUCUGGUUGCUCGGGACACGGAGGAGGGGCUCCGGUACCACAGAGACCUCCUCCCCUCAAACGUGGCAUGGCCGCCGCCGCCGCAGCGGCUCCGUCCUCCCGCCGUGGAGAAUGCUACGCCGUGAUCGACCUAAAGAAGACAGCAGCCAUGUCCAACCUUCAGAAGGCUCUCCCUCGGGAUGACGGCACCUCACGGAAGACACGCCACAACAGUACCGACUUGCCUCUGUGAGAGGGAAAAAGAGAGUUACAGGUAUGACAGGAAUAAAAAUGAGGGAAAAUGUUCAGGAAAGAGAGAGUUUUGGUGGUAUUUUCCUCCCACCAUUAUAGUGAAGCCUCUAUUUUCUCAUUUUCUACACUCAUACCAACUGCUGCUUGAUGAAAUAGUAACUCCAUUGAGCCGAACACUGAGCAUUUUAUUUAUUUAGUUUCUCACAUUUUGCGUGGGAAGGUUGGGAGAUGAUAGUUAACUACUACUCAUCACCGUGGUUUUGGGUUGCUGUCUGGGCUUUGGGCCAAAGAGUUGGGUUCAGAAAAAAUACUUCAUUCAGGAAACAAUCCGCAGUGUUUCUAAGUGUCUUAAGUUUUGUUUUGUCAUUUAUGGUUUAUUGAUUUAAAGGGAUAGUUCACCCAAAAAAGACAGCAGCCUACUAGAUAACUAAAAUAUCAUCUAUAUUUUGAGUGAUAUUAAGAUGAAUAGAUGAUUUUUAGGUGAACUAUUUCUUUAAUUUUCAGUGAGGCAGCAUAGUUUUUUGACACUUGAGCAGAACAGACUUGAAAUCACCAUAAGUGUUUCAUUACCACAUGUAAGAUAAUUUCAUAAUUACCAAAAUAGAUCAAGUUUCUUCUGUAACUAACUGAAGACAAGCUCUUCGUCAUGAUAAAGAUACUCUAGCAGUCUCUCUCAUUGUCUGUUUCAGUUCCCGUAUGUAGCUAUUUGGAGGCUGCAACGAGGAUGAAGAGAGCUAACUGUUCAGUAUUUAAAUGCCUCUUGAUUCUGCUAUCCUCAGGAAUUGAUUCAAUCAAUUCAGUUUGCACUUAUAGUUCUCAAAUUGUAACUGAGCCUCCCGUUAUUUCAUAAUUUCCCUCUAAGUUAUGGCAAAUUAAAGUUUACACAAUUAAAAGUAAUUAAUCAGAACAUGAUUCAUAGUAUCUCUUUGGGUUUGUGGUGGUUUUGAAAUGGAGAAUUCUAUGUUUUCAAGUGCUCUGUUUUGAGUGCUAAGAUCCAGACUUUGGCCCAGCAGAACACAUGGAAAGGGAGGAUAAUUCUGAUAUAGAAAUUAGCUUAUUUUGUUCAGUAUCUGAUCAAGCUUUUGCUCUUAGCACCAUUGAGAGUCAUUUUUUAUUUUGCUAUUUUUUUUUCUUUCUCUCAAAACACGGUCAGAUAUUGUUUUUCAUUUUCCCAGAAAUUGAAAGGAAAGAGCAAUUUAAAGCGGAUAACUGUAUUGAAAAUAAGUAAAUAAAUAUUUUCAAGUAAAAAAGAAAACAAAAAAUAGUAAAAGUAGUUAAAUAGUUAAAGUAAGAUACAAUAAAAAAAACUGCUAUUCUCACAUCCCCAGUGACAAUAUACCUGAGAGUGACAAUUCUCUGUGAAUCCGAGAGUGUAUUUAUGUACAUCUAUGUUUUGUAAAGCUACGUAAAGCACCAUAUGCAUAUUCAGAGGUAAGAAUGUUAAUUAUUUUUUAUAUCUUAAAAAAAUAUGCCAGGAAUCAUGAGGCAAAACAUAUUUAUUUAAUUUAGAAUUAUUUAUCUAUCUAGCUGUCUGUUCGUUUAUUUAUUCAUUUAUUUAUUGUUUCGUAUUUGAAUUAUUCGUAAAGUAGAUAGUAGUCGUUUUAGUGAUACCAAAGGUGGCAUGGGAAACCAGAGAACCUACCUUGGUAUUAUUUAAUGUCUUUUUUAAACUGCAGUUUCAUGUUGAAUAAUAACUGUAUUUGAACAUAUUGUGCCAAAAAUAUAAUGAUAUCACUGAACUAUGUGCCAUUGGUAAAUGUUGAAUUUUAGGGCUAACAAUCAGCAACAUGUAAAACAUAAAUGCAGCUGUUCUUUACAAUUACAUCAUGAUCAGUUCAGGGCUUGAUAAUAUUUUGUCUACAAGUACACUAAAAAAAACUAGACAUGUCAGUGUAUUCCCAAUGAAAUCCCAUUGUAUCUAUCCUAAUUAGUUAAAGGUGAUAUUUUAUAGUCUCUAACAUUACUGCUGUUUUUCAUUGGAAUUUCAUAAAUCAGCUAUUUUUAUAACACAGUUGGUGUUCUAAAAUGGUUACGCAUCUUUUUUUUUUUCAGUUUUAGCAUUUGCUUUCUUGUGGUUGUUAAUUCAGCCCUAAAAUGAAUUUAUCUCUCACCAACGAUACUGAUGUAGCUAUACAUUUCUGAAGUUAUGAAAAUUUUGCUAGGGACCUCCAAGAGCAGAGGUUUUUAUCUUACUCGCUGGGCAUGGAUGUAGACCCAGUUUUCAAAAUCUUACUGGCAGCCAUAUUGUUCUGAGUGCAGGGCUUUGUGGGCCUUACUUAUUGUACACAUAUUUUAGCAAAACAUUGAUCAUAACUGAUAAUUUAGAAAUAUCUAAUGUUGUACUUACUAUUUUAACUCCAUUGGAAACUAACGGCAUCACAGUAGAUUUAGAUGUUUUGCCAGAAGCCAUAAUUGAGAGAAAAUAUUUUAAGGGUCAGGUACCAGUAUCUUGUUUUUUAAGGAAAAUGUUGAGAGUAAUAAAUGUGAUUUUAUUUUUUUAUCACCAAAAUUUUCAAAUUUAAAAAUAAAUGAUUUAAAGAUUAUAUGCUACAUUGUUGUGACGUUUUCAUUUUGAGAGCCUUGCAGUUCAAUACAAUAUUGCUGCCAAAUAGUAAAUCCAAAUAAAAUCAACAUAUUACACUCACAAUCACAAUUACAUACAUAUUGUACUUUAAGAAUGCGAUGAUGAACUAUUUGGACACUUUUAGACACUUUUCAGAGGAUCGAUCUAGUUUUUAACAUCUAUAUUUUGGUAUUGUGGUAUGAUAAACAUUUUGCAAUAACAGCUAAUGGAGUCAUAUCAGAAUUUGUUUGAGUUGAUCACAAACAUGUUCUGUGAUACAAGUCACAGUUGUGUGUGCAUUCAGAAAGGACUGGAUCAGCAGUGGGUUUACUGUCUUUCUCAGGCCUCAUCUUGAUAAACAUGCGCUAUAUGUGUAUUUAAACCAGGCUUGAGGGGAAAAAAAUCUAGUCAUCUUGUCUGUAGGUGUGGGAUCAUAGAGAACUUGAUUGUGCCAUAAGUGAUUUUUGUCCACUCUUUUAAAAUAACGUGUAGCUAUAGUGGAAAUUUAAAGGUACAGUAGCACAUACUAACUAGAAUCCUGUGUUGACUUUGAUUGCAUGGGGCCGCUUUGGAGUGUAAAUGCUUGUUUUGUUGGUUGGUUUAUUUGUUUUAUGUUUUUAUACCUUCCAUACACCUCAUUAAUUUCAUUCAUUAUCAAGGGAAAUCAGCCCUUGAGUUAUGUGUUAGACCCAGGUUAAAUGCACUGAAAUUGUAAUGAGGUGAGCAAUCAUCUGAAAGUACUUUAAGUCCCUAUGUGAAAUCAUGAUUUUGCAAAAUUUCCAAGAUGUAUAAUGACUGAAUGUGCUUAUUGCCCUAAAUGGGAAAUAGUUUAAACUUUUUCAUUUUUUUUUUUUGUUUCCAUGAAACCAACAUUGAAACUCUCAUCGAGUGAUUUUAAUUCAGUUCUCAUCUAAACCUGGGAUGGUAUUCCACUUGAAGAGGGUUUCGCAGUGACCUUAUCGAAUGACCUGUCCUAUUGGCGGUAGAUUUACAUCGUCAUAAUAAAGCUUAGGCAAAGCUCAAUGACUGUGAUGUACUGUACAUUAAUGUGAAUGUGUCUCAAAUGUGUCAGAGUUAAAGAUAGAACGAGAGCUGCCCAUGCAUGGACUCUUUACCGGAGACUGCAUUUCUGAAGCUCCUCAAACUGUCUCGCUCUCAAACUGUCUUACUCUCUGUAUGAAUGUAUCACACAGAGAUGGACUUGUAAAAUGCUCAGAUGAGGUGAUUGACACUCAAUGUUUCUAUCCUCCCUGAUGAAAAAAUGUGUUAAUGUUAAUGUUUCGUCUCAAGAAUUCCGAUUUCAAUUCGAUUUUUUGAUUAUGUUUCUUUAUAUACAGUAUUUACAUUUUCUUGUAAGUAUGUAAUUCUGUGUAUGUACAUAACAUAUAUGGGUAUGCAGUUGCAGUCAGCUUCUCCUGUGUUCGUUUGUGUUGGCGCAACAGACACUACUUUUGCCACAGCCAUUUGUAGAAAGAGCAACGCCUUGACAGUCAUUCCAUUAGAUGGACAUUGCAGUCUCUAUAAACAGAUCGGAGAUCUCCUAUAGUCUGUUGAUGUUGCAGUCGCAACCCUUCCCCAUUCUUACAAUGCAAAGCAGGCAUGCCCCAUGUUGAAUGUUAUUUUCAGUCAUAUAAACUUUUGAAGAGAGAGGCUUGUAUAAUAAAAUGA